GAAGCGCUUCCUCUCUUUUCUUCUUUCCCCACCCCUCUUUUCUCUUUCCAACGGCGAUGGCGACUCCGACUCCGACCAAAACCCCAGUAGAGAAAUCCAAAAGGUCCCACUCUCAUCAUCACCAUUCACGUGACGGUUCCUCCUUUUCUUCCUCUCUGUCCCGUUUCGAGGCCUACAACCGCCUCCAAGCGGCUGCAGUGGCCUUCGGGGAGAAGCUUCCGAUCCCGGAGAUCGUAGCGCUCGGCGGCCAAUCUGAUGGAAAAAGUUCUCUCCUUGAAGCUUUGCUUGGAUUUCGUUUCAAUGUGCGUGAGGUCGAGAUGGGCACUCGCCGGCCUCUCAUUUUGCAGAUGGUUCAUGACCCUUCGGCACUUGAGCCUCGUUGUCGCUUCCAGGAAGAAGAUUCUGAAGAAUAUGGAAGUCCAGUUGUUUCAGCAUCGACAAUUGCAGACAUCAUAAAAUCAAGAACUGAGGCACUUUUGAAAAAGACUAAAACUUCAGUUUCUCCUAAGCCAAUUAUAAUGAGAGCUGAAUUUGCACAUUGUCCAAAUCUCACCAUCAUUGAUACCCCAGGAUUUGUUCUUAAGGCAAAGAAGGGAGAACCAGAGAACACACCAGAGGAAAUUCUUUCAAUGGUUAAGUCACUAGCUAGUCCUCCCCAUCGUAUUCUGUUAUUCCUUCAGCAGAGUAGCGUGGAAUGGUGCUCAUCUUUGUGGUUAGAUUCAAUUCGUGAAAUUGAUCCAACCUUUAGAAGGACAAUAGUUGUGGUCUCCAAGUUUGAUAAUAGACUCAAGGAGUUUAGUGACAGAUGGGAAGUAGAUCGUUAUUUGAGUGCAAGUGGAUAUCUUGGAGAAAAUACCCGGCCAUUUUUUGUGGCAUUGCCGAAGGAAAGGAACACCAUAUCAAAUGAUGAAUUCCGAAGGCAAAUAUCCCAAGUGGAUGCUGAAGUUUUACGUCAUUUGCAUGAUGGAAUCAAGGGAGGUUAUGAUGAAGAAAAGUUCAAGCCCUAUAUUGGUUUUUGUUCUUUGAGGGAGUAUUUGGAAUCAGAACUACAAAAGAGAUACAAAGAAGCUGCCCCAGCUACACUGGCAUUGCUUGAGCAGCGCUGCAGUGAAGUUAACAUUGAGCUGGCAAGAAUUGACUCCAAAAUACAAGCAACUUCCGAUGUUUCUCAUCUUCGAAAAUCAGCCAUGAUGCAUGCGGCAUAUAUAAGCAAUCAUGUGGGGGUUUUGAUCGAUGGAGCAGCAGAUCCUUCCCCCGAGCAGUGGGGGAAAACAACAGAGGAGGAAAGAUCCGAGAGUGGGUUAGGGAGUUGGCCAGGUGUUACUACUGAUAUAAAACCUGCUAAUGCUGUUCUUCGUCUUUAUGGUGGAGCUGCUUUCGAAAGGGUAAUGCAUGAAUUCCGCUGCGCUGCAUAUUCCAUGGAAUGUCCCCCAGUAUCAAGAGAGAAGGUUGCGAAUAUCUUACUUGCACAUGCUGGCCGAGGUGGUGGUAGAGGAGUAACGGAGGCUGCUGCAGAAAUUGCACGUACUGCUGCACGGUCAUGGCUUGCUCCUCUCCUUGAUACUGCUUGUGAUCGGCUUGCCUUCGUUCUAGGCAAUCUUUUUGACAUUGCUCUUGAGAGGAAUCGCUGCCGUGAAUCGGAAUAUGGGAAGAAUACUGGAAAUUGGGAUGGGUAUGUUGGGUUUCAUGCAGCUUUAAGGCAUGCAUACAAUCGCUUUAUAAAGGAUUUGGCUAAACAGUGCAAGCAACUAGUUAGGCAUCAUCUUGAUUCAGUCACAAGUCCGUAUUCUCAGGUUUGUUAUGAGAAUGAUUUUCAAGGAGUCUUUAACUCAACGGCAAGUUCCUAUAACAAAUACAACCAAGCUUCAUCUGCUUCAUAUUGCCUUGAGCUAUCUGAUAUUGAGCAAGUACCGCACGACGAGGCGAAGAGAGAUCAGGAGAACAUACCACCUGAAAAGAAUUCAAAGCAAACCACUCCAGGAAAAGGCACAGAAGCUAGAGAAGCUCUUCAAGAAACCCAAUUGACAGUGCCUGAGACCCCAUCUCCUGACCAGCCAUGUGAUGUGGUCUACGCUAGAGUUAAGAAGGAACUUGGGAAUUGCAUUGAAGUUGGACCAAGAAAACGUAUAGCAAGAAUGACUGGCAACAGAAAUGCUGAACAAUUGGCAAAAGUUCACAAUGGUGGUAGUCUUUUAUUUGGUAAUGGUGAUAGUGGUUCCAAAACAGGUUCAAGUUACUCAGAAAUCUGCUCAUCGGCAGCACAACAUUUUGCACGGAUACGUGAAGUCCUUGUUGAACGCAGUGUGACAUCAACCCUGAACUCUGGAUUUUUAACCCCAUGUCGGGACAGGCUAGUGGUGGCACUUGGAUUGGACCUGUUUGCUGUGAAUGAUGAGAAAUUCAUGGAUAUGUUUAUAGCUCCAGACGCCAUUGAGGUGCAGCACAAGGAACGACAAUCACUUCAAAAACGACAGAAGAUUCUUCAAUCUUGCUUGAAUGAGUUCAAAAAUGUUGCUCGAGCACUCUGAUGCAAACGACACCGUUUGUUUCUCCAUGGACUGGAUCCCUCCAUUCCAACAUAAUGCUCCCAAGCAAAGGUUUCACACCUAGUGAACCAAAAAAAAAAAAAUCAUUCAUGUGUUUGUUGUUUUCUAAUGCUGGCAACCAUUUUUUGCUUUCUCUUCUGGAUAAGGUACUGACCACAGUUUUAAUCAGUGAAUAAAAUUAGCUUUCCUAAA